AUGAAGCAGGUCGACCUCACCCGCAACCAGCUGGUGGUGGCGGGCAAGGCCUGGGAGCAUGAGCGGAGCCCGUGCUGCCGUGACAUGAUCCGGCACCUGGUGAGGAGGGAGUGCUACUGCAGCUGGUUCCAGCCGUCGGGCGGGGGGCUGCAGGACCAGUUCCCGGCGAUCCGGAUGGGGGAGAGUUACUACACCCUGAGCCUCAGGAUCCAGAAGGCCAUGUUCCGGCACGUCCGCCUGACGAAGGGCUUCCGCAACGUCGAGCGCCUUCCCGACGGGAGGCUGAAGCUCCGCAUCCCCACGCAGCUCCUCGUGGAGAAGAAGCGCACUGCAACGCGGUUUACCGUGAUGCGCUCCAAGUCGGGCGCGCCCUGUGGGGUCGGGAAGCCGUCCUACUCCAAGCGCGUCAGGCUGGAGCGCAAGGCCGAGGCCUCCGACCUCAUCGACCUCACCGACAUCAUCAACGGCAUCCUCGGCCCCGCUGCUGCCGACUCCCGGCCUAGCUACACCGCCUUUUUCUUAUCCGAGGCCGAGACCGCCGAGCACGUCGUCCAGCACCUCUUCCGCGAGUGCCCCACCCUCACCCGCGAUCGGAUGGAGUUUGUCAGGUCCAUGACGCGGUUGUAUGAUAAGAUCGUUCAAAACUAA